AUAAAGACUAUAAACUCUGCGAAGAACAUGAAGAAAAGGGGCUUGGAGUGUCAGAAUCUCAAAAUGGCGGAGGAAAUAUUGGUUAGUUUAGAAGAUUGCUGUGCUUAAGGCUGUGGAAAAUAUGGAAUUAUUUGUGGUUUUAACACAUGGUAUAUACUGAUGAUGAAUCUGUAACUUCACCUAAUCCAAAUUUUCUCCCUAUCUGUCUUUCUUGCUGGGAGAGUGUAGAGGCCGGCUCUUGCCCAUUGCAUUGAAGUGUUUUGGCAUUGUUAUCACAAUUAAGGAAUGUGAUCUGGAAAGGAUUUGUGAUAGGAAGCAAUGUAAUAAAAAUGAUAAAAGUGAGAAUUGAUCAUUCAUGGAUUGAUUAAAACAGGGUAAGUAUGGAAAGAGAUGAUUCAGAGGAAACUGAACACACCCAAACAGUGCCCCCUAGUGGCGGAACACAAGACGCUGUGGUCACUAGUCCUGUACAGCUGAAUGUGGAAUUAAGUGAGGAGGACACACAGAAAAAUGGGCUAAAUACAACACUCUCUCCAAAGAUUGCUAGACCAAAACUACCAGAUUUCAAAGAAAAUGGACAAAUUCGAUCAGGUCUGCACGGGAGGGCUAAGACAGACCCAGGCCAAGGAAGUCAUAUUAAAGCCAUUAUUGACCGCACAGUAGAGGACAUAAAGGAAUUAAACCAGGUAGAUUUUACAAAAACAUUUGGCCGUCCGAAAAAAUUUCCAAAACCAUUUGCCCCAAAGUCUCAAUCCACGCAUACUUCACCUAGAGCAUCUCCCACACCUAGUGAGGAAACAGGCCCUUCCCCCCUCAACAGAAACCGAAGUCGUAGUCUGAGGGUCCUGACAGACAUUUUAAAAGGGGGUAGGGGUGGAAGUUCUGAGUACAGAAUAGGAAACAUUCCUCGAAAAAGUGUUGAUGACAGUACUUCAAAGUCAAUAAGUGAUAGUCAGCUAUUACCUCGUAAACCUUCAUCAGUGAAAGAGGAAGAUAGACGGUCAAUAUCAGACGGACAAUUGCAAGCAAACAGAGAUGAGAAUAAAAGUGAGAAUUCAAACAGUUCGGGGACUCCAGACAGUGGUGCGACAGAUAGCGGGCACGAAAAGGCAAGCUCGGACACGCCAGAACUUCCAUCACCUGUGGAGGACUCCAAAGCCCUCAUUAAACGCCGUAAUGAUAUGGCCAAGUUCAGGAGGGCUAAGAGUGAAGCUCGGAAAGUGAAUAUUUCGGAUGAUGAAGGUGUUGGAAUAUCUGACCAAGAUUUGUCUCAUAGUAGUACCACAUACAAACCUCACUCAAUAGAUACAAAUUCAAAAUUUUUCACAUUAUGGAAAAUUGGAGCCCCAAAACGGAGAACUGGUUUAGCAGAUAUUGUGAAAAGAGUGCAAUCUACACAUUGUAGGAGUGCCGAUGAUUCUCAUGGAGAAAAUAUUCUACCCGGAAUAUGGAAAUUACCCAGAGUAGAGCUUAAACCCAUCCAAGGUGUUCGGAAAUCAUCUAGUCUUCGUCAUGUGACACACCCACCUCAAUCAAAAACCACAUUCCGAGAACCACUUGGAGCCAUGGAUUCCAAUGGAUUCGGAAUGUUGGCAAAAACUCCAGAGCAUGAAGAACUGCCUCCUUUUCCAGGGGACUUAGAGUCUAAAACAAGUGAUCUGUCUCUUACCGAUAGCCAAGCAUUUCAGAGUGAAAGUGGAGAUGAAGCAUUUCGUACAUUUGAAGAUGAUGAAAUUUCAGAGACUCAGAGCAAUGCGGGUGACGAUAAACCAACAGAGAAAAGAAAAUUGCUGAAACCCAAAUCUAAAAGUGACCCAAGUGGUGACAAGUGUAAAGAUAAUAUGUCUCCAGUGUGUCAAAUGACCUCCUCGCAUAGCUCACCCCAUCUGUCCAAAAGUAGUGAAAUAGAUCUGGAAGAUAUGGAAGAUGAUAGAGGUGAGAAAAAUAACAAGGACCUGUCUUUGAAUCUUCCCUGUAGUGCUCUUACCCCAUCCAGCUCGUUUGAUGAUGGACCUCUUCAUUUUGAAGUCCCAGAGGAUAGUGUGUCAAAUCAGCGAUCAGAUGGGGCUUUGACUCCAGAGCUUGAGCAGUCCCAGGACUUGGGUCGAUUUACCUCUGUGUUUGUAAAAGAAAUUGCCCCACCACCCAAAGAAAACAAUGAAUCCACCACAGACAAAAAUUCUUUGGGGAUUCCCUAUCAAACUAAAAAGAAUAUUGGUCGAAGUGUUAGUUCUGCUAGUGUCCUUCAGAGAGAAAGGAAGUUUCCCAGUGUCACCAAAGACGAACCCAGGAAGCAUAGUCUAUCCCAGGAGGAGGCGGUCAAGGAGGCCAAACAUGAGUUAGUUCCCUUGGCAGACUCCCAGUCCCAGUCCACUAGCAUGCCAGCUCUGGCCAAAAAACCAAGCAAGGACAAGCGCUACCAUAUAGUGGAAGAGCUGUGUAAAAAUGAACAGGAAUAUGUAGAUGCCCUCACUGUCCUCAAAGAUAAGUACAUGCUCCCACUGAAAACUUCCUGCAGCAGUGUGGACGAAAACCUUGUGGACAAUAUCUUCUACAUGAUUCCAGAAAUCCUUAUGCACCACACCGUGUACAGAAAUGCUCUGGACCGGGUCUGGACCAACUGGGACUCAGAAACCAGCACCAUGGGCAAUGUUAUAUCUGCCACAUUUUCCAAGCAAACAGUGAUUGACUGCUAUCUUUCAUUUGUGGAGAAUUAUAAAACAUCAGGAAAAGUCAUUGAAAAUGCCUUGACAACCAAAUCCUCCGUUCAAAAAUUUAUUGAGCAAUGUCACAAAGAAAGUGGGAACAAAUUGUCAAUGAAGGACCUAAUUGUUAGACCUAUACAAAGAAUUCCUAGAUAUGAACUACUUUUGCAAAGAUUAAUCGAACACACCCCUCCUGGACACCCGGACUUUCCAUUGCUGAAGGAGGCAGAGAAAGUGAUGCAUGACUUUGCCAUCAAACUUGGUACAGUCAACGAAAGCCAACACGAGGAGGAUCAACAAGCCACGCUAAAGAGGCUGGAACUCUUACUAAUUACUGAUCUGGCUGUGCCAGAUAGACAGUACAUAAGGCAUGACAUGGUUCAAAUAAUGAGUAAAAAAGACCAGUGGUGUAUAUGGACUUUCUCUGAUCUCAUUAUUAUAAGUAGUCUCAAGAGGCGGAGUGGGCCUGUCACACGCAAAUCCAUUAUCUUAAAAUCCACUACUGGCCAAGAUUUUACAGAAAAUAUUAAACAUAAAGUAUGGCUGAAAGUUGGCCUAGAUGCUGUAGAAAUUGUUAAAAGUCCCACAAACCUGUCCCGGAGGAACUUAGUGGACCCUGAACAGCUGGAGGAGGACAUUGGUUUUUUGAAUGAAAUCAGUGAUCUCACUAAUCGCCUUAAUUGCCCUCAUUCUAGUCUUGAAGAAAUUGUCAAAGAUAUGUUAUCAACACUAAAUAAGCAACUAUCAGAAGCCAUGUUGCGCAAUCCAACUGCCGAGUCUAAUAAAGUGGAUAUUCUAGUCACAACACAAGAAGCUAUUUACCCAUUAGAAAUUAUGUUCAGCUCUGGAGAAAAGAGGAUAGCCUGGGAGGCUGCAGUCAGUGAAGCUAAACAGAAACUAGCUCAGAUGUUUGAUAAGAGAGCUCCAGAAUUUUUGACACCAUUACCCAUCACAAAGACGAGAGCAGGAAUGCAGUUUUCCUGUGCAGCUCCAAUUGAUGGGGUGAACAACUCAGGUUAUCGUGAGGUGUGGGUAUGUAAUAGUGAUGGAUACGUGGGGCACAUGUGUCUCCUAAGCUUACAGCCAGAGCCAAUCGUCACCCUCAACACUCCCGUCCCCGGCUGUAAUGCCAGAAUUCUCUGUAUCUGUGCUGUCCCAGCAUACAGUGGGAACUUUCGCAGGAAAAGCAGUGGUAAGAGGCACCAGCACCCUGUGAUUUCUCAACACCCUGUGAUAGCAAGUGUGUCCGAGGACAGUCCUCAAAUCAGUAUUGAUGAUACAGAGGAGGGCACUGAGGAUGGGACAGAGGAGGAGGAAGAGGAGAAGUCCAUUGAGGACAAGUCCGAUUCUGAAUCCGAGUCCAGUGAUGAGGAGACAGAGACUCCCUUCCCUAGUAUGAAUGAAAACAAUGAGGACCCUAUGUCUGUUGAUGAUGAGGAAGGGAAAAUCCCACCUCCUGCAGACCUGCCUGCUCCUACCCCUGAUCCAGUUUCUCCUAAUCCAGAUCCAGUUAGCAGUAAUCCUGAUCCUAUAAUUGCUGGUAGCUGGAUUCAGGACUCACUUAAAAGCACCAUGUGGUUGGGAACAGAGGAUGGAUGCAUCCAUGUAUUCCAAUGUACAGAUAAUAUUAAAACAACAAAGAAUAAAUUAAAAAUACAUCAUGAAUCACCCGUUUAUUGUAUAGUAUAUUUAGACAACAAGGUAUUUGCUUCCUUAGCUAAUGGAGAUUUAAUAGUGUAUAAAAGAGAUAGUGAGGGAAUAUGGGAUGCAGAGAAUCCAUAUACCAGAAGUAUUGGGACGGCCCAGAGUCCUAUAAAUAAGAUGUUAGCUGUUGCUGGUAAAUUGUGGUGUGGCUGUCAAAAUGUUAUGAAGGUCAUCAACCCCCUUACAUUAAGUACAGAGACUUCUUUCCAAGCGACAUCAGAUUCGGAGCGCUGUAUCCAGUGUUUAGUGUGUUCAGGACAGGGAGUAUGGAUGGCCACUCAACAGAGCUCCAAACUCCUCCUGUACCACGCCACUUCCUAUGAAUUCCUUCUUGAAGUUAGUAUAGCCCAAGCAGUGGCCCAGAAACUUCAAUCUGCUGAUGACAUAAUACGCCAACAUAAAGCUGCCUGUUUACGGAUCACAGCCCUGAUGGUCUGUAAGGACCUGUUGUGGGUGGGGACGAGUGCUGGAGUGAUACUGACUAUCACAAUGCCUCGUAUCACAUCCACAACAACUAGGGGGUCAAUCCCGGCCCCCACUGUUACAGGGUUAGUCAACGGUCAUACAGGGCAUGUGAGAUUUUUAACGUGUGUAGAAAUGACAGUUACUCCUCCUACUGUUAAAGUGGAAGGCGGGGAGGAAGAAGACGGUAUUAGUGAAAACUUAGCGUUACAUGGAAUACACAGACGUUCAUCCAUGGCAGCUACGACUACACUGGCUUCGCGAAUGUUAGUGAUCAGUGGAGGUGAUGGGUAUGAGGACUUCAGAAAUAAUGCGGCCAAUGAGUCAGCGGGCCGCGACGAUAGCACGAAUCAUCUACUGAUCUGGCAAGUGUGACCAAGUCAGAAGUAGCUGCUGAUGUUUGAAUUAUUGUGUACUGUGAUUGGAUGUUACCAUGGUUACUGUGAUCUGUCAUUUGUACAAAGUGAUUUGAAUAUAUACAUAUGUAUAUAGAGUAUGUGAGAGUUUUUGCAGAGAAAAUGUAAGGUACAUUGUAUUAAUAUAUGCAUUUGGAUGUAUUUAGUGCAGUGUGAAAAUUCAAAAAUAUGACUGAUUUACAGCAAUAUAAAACAUGAUUCAGUUUCACCAUUGUAAUUUAAUGUCUUUUAUAUGAGGACAGUAUUUUGAGGAAGUGCCUACAGAAUUUAUCCAAAUUUUUAAUAUAAUUAUGUACAUUAAACAUACAAGUCAUUUGUUGGUGCUAUUUAGAGAUUUACAGUCUUUUGACUGUGAGUUUGAAAUCAGAGUUUUAAUGUUAUACUAACAAUCCAUCCACUUUGCAGUACAUUAAGGAUUUAACUACCCUAGUAGGAUUUAAUAGAGAUUGAUGUUACUUGUUUAAAAUCUACAGUUAUAAAUCUAGUUGUUAUCUUUUUUAAAUAUUUAUGAGUAAGUCCCCAACUACAGGUAGUAUUCAAAAUGGCAAGUUUUUACAGUAUAUUUCAUUUUGUGAGUUUCAGUAUUAAAUAAAUGUGACAUGAAGAUGCUAGUAAUAUGUUCUGGAGAGAUUUUUUUUGGGUCGGGGGAUUUUGAAAGAUCUUUUGCAUAAACUUUUAUGAUUUGUAUUUAUUUUUGGUUUAACAGGACAGAAAUCUGUCAUUUUAUUUUCAUAUUAAAGAAGAUGAAAUUUUAAAACAAAUUACUUUUAUGAACAAGAAAUAUUUUUAAAUACAUAUGCCAUCAUGCAUUCAUAUGAAGUGGUAACCAUACUCUCAAAUGCAUUGAAAAGUACAGAAUUGGCUAAAUUCAACUCUGGAAAUAAGAUUGCUUUGAAAAUAAUUAUUGAUGAUGGUAUUUCUGAGGAAAAAAAUGUAAUGAUUAAAAGUUUUACUUAAAAAAUGCUUGGUGCUAUUUCUGUCUGUAAAAGAUCUACUAUGUAUUCUUUUUUAAAUAAUAUUAAUAUCGUAUCAGUGCUGGUUUUGUUUUAUUUUUUUUAUUUGACCAAGGUAAAACAUAUAACUGUUCAAUUAUAUUAUGACUGUAGCCUCAAAACUGUGUGCCAGUUCAUGUCUUAUAUUUACUGAAGUUUACAGUCCCCUUUUAUGCAGCAUAAUAAUUCUGUUAAUGUUUAACUUACAAAUGACAGGUUAAUAUUUGUAAUAUUAUAAGGUGAUGAUGCAGACAUAUUUAAUACUUUGAUAGCAAUAAUUUGCUAAAAAACUAUGCAUUUCUUGUGUGUGCCUGACAUUUUUCGUAUCUUUAAAAAUUAAUAAGUUAUUUUAUUUGUUAAAAAUUAGUCCAUCACAAACAAUGAACUGAAGAAUAGAAAAUAAUAAUGCCACAAAACACUGUGAUAGAAUUGAGAUAUUAAUGUUCAAAUUUUAAUUGAAUUUCAAUAAUAUUUGUUGAAAUCAAACUGUGACUGUUCCUUUUUUUGUAUUCUUCCAAGUUCAGAUUAUUUUAAUAUUUUAAAAACAGAAAGCAUGUUCACAUGUUAUUUAAUAUUUUGAAUUGUUACUUGCUUUACCAAAGACUUCAAAGGUAUGAGGUACCUUUGUGAACUCUACUGUAAGCAUUUCUGAUUCAGUAUAUGAAUGUAUGAGUGGUUUUUUUUUUUAAAAUUCAUUUAUUUCACCCUGUUAUGUAUGAAAUAUACAAGAUGUAGAUCUUUGUUUAAACAUAUGAUGAAGAGUGUUAUUUCAGUUGGCUUUUAUUUAUAUCUGAUAAAAAUAACAAUACAUGUUUGUAUGUAUGUUUGUAAUAUAAUUUUUAAAAUGCUUUACAAGUUAUAAUAAUUUAAUUUUUAUGAAAGUUUGCUGCCAAAGACAAAUUUUAGAUUUCCUAUUAUCACUGUGGUCAGUGUUUACUUAGAUCUGAAAAGUUGGGAAAAAACUUUAUAAUAAAAUCCUAUUAAAUGA